AUGUCUUCCGAAUCGGAUGGCGGCGGUGGGAAUAUGAUAGAAAGCAUGCCGCAUUUUAUGUCUAUACUAUACCCGGGCUCGCUGGAGAAGGCCGAUAUAGAAAAAUUUGGUUUGGUUUGGUCUGGGAGCACGGCAUCUCCUGUAUACACAGUAUGGCCGUAUUGCUCUUGCGUCCUGCGAGGACGCUCAGUGCCAUAA